AUGGAGCUAAAUGCUCAAUUCUCAAAGCAUGAAGACGAAAGAAGUACUGAUGAAACAGAGUACCGUCGACGUAUUGGUUGUCUCCGAUAUUUACUCCACACUCGUCCUGACUUAUCCUUUAGCGUUGGAGUUCUCAGCAGAUAUAUGCAUGCUCCUAAAGAGUCUCAUAGUGCAGCACUAAAGGCGAUUCUUAGAUACCUCCGAGGAACGAGCUCUCUUGGAUUGUUCUACCUUCGGGGAAAUAAUGUGAAGCUGAUAGGAUACAGUGAUAGUUCUCACAAUGUGGACUUAGAUGAUGGCAAAAGUACUUCGGGACAUAUAUUCUAUCUUGGUCAGGCGCCUAUCACUUGGAGUUCAACAAAGCAAGAGAUUGUCACAUUAUCAUCAUGUGAAGCUGAGUUUAUGGCAGCUACCGAGGCAGCAAAGCAGGCUAUUUGGCUUCAAGAACUCUUAGGUGAAGCUAUUGGAGAAGAGAGUAAACGCGUGACCAUUAAAGUCGACAACAAAUCUGCAAUUGCGCUUUCAAGAAACCCUGUGUUUCAUGGACGAAGUAAACACAUACAUCGAAUAUUUCACUUCAUAAGAGAAUGCGUUGAAAAGGAGCAAGUUGAAGUUAUACAUGUUCCAGAUGAGAUCAAGCUUAAGGGGGAGAAUGUUGAUAAGCUUGGAGUAGCUUAA